CUGACAUUUUCAGUCUUACAGAAUUUGCCCUUUGUGCCACAAAGACGGUGACAGAAAAGACCCAAGGCACGAGAAGCUUUUUGCAUAGCUCGAAUGUAUUGCACGCUUUGAAGUGCCCGUACGAAGACGUUCAUGGCUUCCAGGGUCAAAGAUCAGAUGUGGUAUGAUAUGUUGCUCUCCUACGAGUUUUCGCUCUUUCCUUGGGGCAAUAUGAAGAUUGAUUUUGCCCCAAUUGGCGUGCCCCUCCACAGGAGACUGCAGACUGUGGCGGUGCUGCAGUGGGUUUUCUCCUUCCUUGCCUUGGCACCCACGUGCAUAUUCCUGUUCUUCUACCUGCUCUUCACUCGGUACUGGCUGAUCAGCGUGCUCUAUUCGGUCUGGUGGUUCUUUGACUAUGACACUCCUUCUCGCGGAGGCCGCAGGGUGCCUUACUUGUGUGGGAUCAAAAUAUGGGACUACAUGCGGGAUUACUUCCCAAUCAAGUUGCUGAAGACAUCUGAACUGGACCCUCGAUACAACUAUGUCCUGGGCUUUCACCCCCAUGGAGUCCUGGUGGCAGGAGCCUUCGCCAAUUUUUGCACCUAUUCCACAGGCUUCAGGCUACUGUUUCCAGGCCUCAACUGCUACUUGCUCAUGCUGCCCCUUUGGUUUCGAGCACCAUUCUUCAGAGACUACAUAAUGUGUGCAGGUCUGAUUCCAUCUGAUAAGGAGAGUGCCAGUUAUCCACUACGGCAGAGGGCUGGUGGCAAUGCCGUUGCAAUUGCUGUUGGUGGAGCCCCAGAGGCCCUUGAUGCCCACCCUGGUACAUACAAUGUACUGCUGGCCAAGAAGAAAGGUUUCAUUAAAAUGGCAAUGGAGCACGGUGCUCACCUGGUGCCCGUCUUCUCAUUUGGUGAGAAUGAGGUGUUCGAUCAAGUGGGAAACUCACGAGGAACCUGGCUCCGAAGCAUACAAGAAAAGCUGCAAAGCAUCAUGGGUAUCUCCCUUCCGCUCUUCCAUGCACGUGGGAUUUUCCAAUACUCCUUUGGUCUCAUGCCAUACAGAAAACCCAUCCAUACUAUCGUCGGACGGCCCAUCAGGGUGCAGAAGAACGAGAAGCCAACAAUCGAGGAGCUCGACGCCCUUCACCAGUUGUACAUGGAUGAGCUCAGCAAUCUCUUUGAGCAACACAAGACCAACUACGGCGUGGACACGGACACGCACCUCAAUUUCGUCUGAACUGGACAAAGGAUGAAUUUGCUAUUUAUUUUGCAAAGUUGAGAAAGCACAAAUUUGUUCUGGCAUGGUAAUGAAAGGUAAAUAAAAUGAUUUUGAUUACACAACAAGAGGCCCUGAUUUAUCUGUUUGUAUAAGAUAUAAGUUUGAACUAUGACAUUGCAGAAGCAUGUUUUUUUUUUUUUUUUUUUUUUUUUAAACCAGGGUUUUUGUAUU